AAAUUCCGGCUAAUUGACACUGCUGGAAUCCGAAAAAGGGCAGCCAUAGCUUCAUCAGGCAGCACUACAGAGGCUUUGUCAGUGAAUCGAGCAUUUCGCGCCAUUCGUCGUUCUGACGUUGUGGCUCUUGUGUCAUUGAGGCCAUGGCCUGUAUAA